UUAUAGAUGACAAAAUUAGGAGUGCACGAAAGCCCCGAAGAGAAGGAGAAAGAGAAGGAAGCCGGUGACGCCGUUAAGGUCGAUCCUAAGGUCUUCACCGUGCUUCAGCCCACGGUGAUUCCACUUCCUGCUCAACCACCUGCACCACCACGACGAUCCAUCAUUGGUUUCCUGAUUCGUGGAUUGCUGCUCUUCCUUCUAUUCAUCGCAUGCAUCACAGCUCUUCUAGUGUUCAUCUAUGGAGUUGACACCGUCUAUUCGGGUGUUACCGGGGUAAGGACCGAUGAUUCAACAACAACCGUUGCACCCCAACCACUCGGCUUGGUAAACCCUAUGGGAAUGAACCAGAAGGCUGAUGAGAACACUCAGAAUGAUGGGGAGGUCAAGGUCUACCUCAAUGCUGUUCCUGUCGCAAAAUUGGUGGUUGUAGAGGGUGGAAGUACUAGUAGUGAAGAGGCUAAAGAUAAUGAAACGAACGAACGACCAGUGCAUCCUUAUGAAGCACAGGAGAUGCAGUUUGCGCAGUUCAGAGGACCUGUCAUGAAUGUUCCACCACCAAUGCUCGCACUGCAAGCAAGACAAAUGGCUUACGCUCAGGCUGUGCGACAAUGGAGAAUGCGCCGGCUACAGCAAGCCAUCUAUGAGCAGCAAAUGCUCCGUGAAGCCAUGGCUCGUGCCGAAUGGAUGGAAAAUCAGCGACGAGCUGCUGCUGAGGAAGAACUUGCCCGCAACAUCGCUCAAGCUCGCUGGGAACAAACACAACGUGCCCGAGCCGCUGAAGAAUACCAGGCCGAGAUGCAACGCGCCCAAUGGGCACAGGCCCAGCGCGCCAUGUGGGAACGCGCCCAGAUGAUGCAAAUGCACCAACAGAUGCAUAACUUCAUGCAUGGACCACAUGGGCCAAUGAUGAUGUACUGGCAACAUCCGUGGUACAUCCUACAACAGCAGAAACAGCAACAGAUGCAGCAGCAACAGCAACAGCAGCAGGCGCAGCAACAACAGCAGCAACAGCAGCAAGCGCAACAACCGCAACAACCACAGCAGCAGCCACAACAACAACAAUUCUUCUACCAACAACCACAAUACCAGCAGCAGUGGUACUAUUACCCACAGCAGCAGCAGUUUUACCAGCAACAGCAACAAGCACAGCAGUUCUAUCAGAAUCAGCAACCAUGGGUAAAUAACCAGCAACAGCAACAACAGCAACCACAACAGCAACAACCACAGCAACAGGCAACAGUGAUAAUUCCACAAAGAGAAUGGGCAAUCCCACGCAUCGCUCCUCAACAACAAGAGCCUCAGAUCCCUAUGCGACCUCAUGAUGCCUCACCGGCUCAGAUUCUUUCGAUGCAGCAGCCUACCGUCCCUCCAGCACCCGAGAUGGGCUUGCACGAUAAGAUCUACCAGGAGAUGCAGAAGAAAUCCCAAGGAAUGGAAUUCAACGUCCCAAGCAGACCAAUCUGGACCGCUAUCACCCCCACUCCAGAGACUCCUGGAAACUAUGACCAUGAUGCCAUCUUCCAGGAGAACCUCCGCAAAAUCCAGGAGAUGCAGACUACCACCAUUGCUCCAAUGAGCCCCUCCACUGAGAAAGUGGCUGAAAUCAAGCAGGUUGAGAGUGACAAUGUUUUUCGUGAUAUUCUCUCCGUCUUCGACGACGCUGAGAAGAAGGAAGAGCCUGUGACCACCACUACUGAAAACGUAUUCAAGGCGUUUUCUGACGACAAAUCUACUGAGGCGCCAAAACUCAUCAAGGAACCAGCCAGUGAAGUCGUCGAUAGCGCUGCUCAGGUGGAAACCUCAACUGAGACCGUCUUCAAACCUGCAGAAAUUCCCAAACCUGAGGAGAACAUCUUCAAAAUUGUCGAAGAGGCAAAGCCUGAAAUGAACAUCUUCAAACAGGUUGAUCAGGCAAAGCCUGAGGAAAUUCAUGUUCCCGAUCCAGAUGAGGAUGAAGGACCACCCGGACCAGUUGUCGUUGAGGAUAGAUUUCCUCGUAUUGAAGACAGAACAACCGUCCCAGUAGAGGCAUCGACUGCCGCGCCACAGGAGCAGGAAACUGACGAGGACAUGGAGCACGAUCCUUUGGCUGCUUUUUUGAGAUAUUUCGAACAGGAGGCUCAGAAGAUCAAUGAAGCUCGAGGAAAGCCAGCAGUUGUAGACAGCGAGGUCCGCAAGGAGGACAUGAAGGCGGACCAACCAGCAGCUGUUGACGAACCCGAACCAAAUUUCGAGAUGCAACAACCACAAAUUCCUCCUAGACUCAUUACUGUUUAAAUUGUGCUCGAAAUAACAAUAUUUAUCCAAAGUAGUGCUUUUCUCUUUCCUAUUUUACGACAAUUAUGCGAGAAUUCGGUUCGAUUAAUGGUUUUAAGACUAGAACUCGUCAUGUGCGCCUUAAAUCACGUAUACUGUUAUCUGGACAUUUUCGCCUUCAUCAUCGGUUAAUCUAAUGAAUCUUCUGCAUCUUCGCCAAGUGUUAUUGUGCUACACGUUCGUCCUAAUGUGAUAUUAGAGAUACAUCCCGUUGAUCAUGUAUAGUUCCACUGACAGGUUGUAAAUAAACAGUUGAUUAUUGUGGGUCAAUAUUCUGUUCUGUUAUAAAAUUAUACUGC